GUGAAACUCGACGUCUCUUGCUUUCUUUUCAGAACCUAGACUGCUGCUCUCGAUCUUCGAAUUCUUUUUUUUUGUUAUUUUCUUGCCGUCAUCUUUCUCAACAGCCUUCAUCUCCAUCAUCCUCACCUUAUCACAGAACCUAUCGACCGUUGGAAACUGAAAAUUUCCGGGAAACCGUUAAAACGGGCAGUGGAUCUAUCUAUAAGCAAUAGAUCAGAAGGACAAUUCCAUUUUCGGCGCCGCUGAGCACCACGUUCUCCUAAAAUCUCCUAAUUGAACCUCAGCAUUCCGCCUUCCGCCAUCAUGUCGAGCCAUAUGUACGAUGACCAGCCUUAUGCAGUGUCACGACGUCAUUCGGUAAAAACACCUCCUCCUUCAUCCACUCCCCGGCACAGCAGGGGGCGCAGCCAGAGCGUCCGAGUGAGCAAUGGAACUGCCAGCACAAAUACCAGCAUCUCAAGUGGGAGAAUGUCGGAAGCGACGAAUAUCACUCAACCACCCGCAUACUCGAAAAAGUUCGUUGUGGUGGGAGAUGGUGGAUGUGGAAAGACUUGUCUCUUAAUUAGUUACUCGCAAGGGUAUUUUCCGGAAAAAUACGUUCCGACAGUGUUUGAGAACUACAUCACGCAAACCAUCCAUCGAGCGUCAGGGAAGACGGUCGAACUUGCCCUCUGGGAUACUGCAGGCCAGGAAGAGUACGACCGUUUGCGCCCGUUAUCCUAUCCCGAGACUGAUCUACUCUUCGUUUGCUUUGCAAUUGAUUGCCCCGCAUCUCUAGAGAAUGUGAUGGAUAAGUGGUACCCCGAAGUCCUACAUUUCUGCCCCACGACACCAAUCAUCCUGGUUGGUUUAAAGUCCGAUUUGCGCAACAAGAGGACUUGCAUUGAACUCCUUAAAACUCAAGGACUGACGCCAGUGACACCAGAGCAAGGUCAGGCAGUGGCUCGGCGGAUGAAUGCUUCAUACAUUGAAUGUAGUAGCAAGGAAAUGCGCGGUGUGGACGGGGUUUUCGAAAUGGCUGUUGACACUGUUGUGUCGGCCGAAGAACAGUUUAGCUGGAACAACCGUCAAAGUCAUAGUACCAGUGGCAAACCUCCUGGAGGUGGCGGUGGUCCUAAGAAGGUCAAGAAGCGUACAUGCAAGAUCUUGUAGAUCGUUUUUCUUGUCUCGACGUGUCCCAUGCUCCCCCCCCCCCCCUUCCUUGUUUUUGUUU